AUAAUUGAUUGCAUUUUCAGGCAUUUCGAUUUAUCCUAUGCCUCCUUUCUUUGGUUAUUAUCUAUAGUAACACACAUACUACAUCUUCAUAAUCCCUGACCGAGUGGGUCUUUAUCUAAUUUUUGUUUGGUUUCCAAGAAGAAAAAGAAGUCCUCUGUUGUUUUCUUGAGAAGACAUUCAUGGCUUCCUCUAAAAGCACAGCUUUCCUAGCUUUGCUUCUGGUAUUGCUUGCAGUUAUUGCUGUGGGAGAUGACGUGCUAUCUGAUUUCAAUGAGAUGGUGUGUGAAGAAGUAAACUGUGGGAAGGGGAGAUGCAAAGCAGGUAUAGGAUAUGCAUUCAACUACAUAUGCAAAUGCGAUCGCGGUUGGAAGAGAACUGAAGACGAUGAUGUGAAUGAUGCUGCACCAUUCUUACCUUGUGUGAUCCCAAAUUGUAGUCUAGACUACUCAUGCCAGCCCGCACCACCUCCGGUACCUGAAACACAAGUUCCACUCAACAUAUCUUUCUUCGAUCCUUGUUAUUGGGCGUACUGCGGAGAAGGAAGUUGCACAAGGGCCGAAACAUAUACGUUUGAGUGUUCGUGCAAAUCAGGGUUCUAUAAUCUUCUCGACACCUCUUAUUUCCCAUGCUACAGCGACUGUACAAUUGGAUCCGAUUGUUCACGUCUCGGAAUUAAAGUUGCAAAUCAGAAAACAACCACCAAUGGUCAGACUAGGAGUCCAGCAACCAUAAUUCGGCCAGGGAAUUUCCACCAGAUGAUUAUGUUGAUAAUGUCCAUGGCUUUGGCUCUGAGGAAGUAGCACUCCAUGUGUUGAAGCAAGAACUCAGUUCAUCAACUUGGUUGUAUCAUUAUGUAGAAUAUCCUUUUAGCUUCUUUUGUUCAUAGUAGUACUGUACAUGCAAGGCACAGCAAAUCUUAGUGGAGAUUUGUUCAUGUUGUUUGUCGUAUAAAAGAGCUAGAGAGUGUAAAAUUUGAUUACAUAUAGUUGUUUUCAUUAA